ACAAUGGGAAGAUGAGAGGAUGCAAACCCUCAGGGAGCAGGAAGAGAAGGUGUCUAAUGAGCUCAGAAAAGAAGUUCCAGGAUAUAAAAACAAAAUGAUCAUGGUAGCACCUGUGAUUGCAGUAACAACAUUUUUUAUUGUACUUUUCUGUCUCAUUACGAUUUGUCAGAGGAAGGUAUACAAAAGAGGAAGCUCAAGGUCGGAGGGAAGCCCAGGAGCUGAUGCAGGCCACCGCAAGGCAGAUGCUGACGCAGAUACUGGGCCCUUCCUGGAAUCCGUAACAGGCCAGAGCACCAGGUAGAUGGUGACACAGAUAAUGGACCUGCCCUGGAAUUCCUAACAGGACAGAGUACCAGACAGAUGGCGACACAGACUACUUCCUGGAACCCGUGAGGGACCCGCUCGCGGUGGAAACUCCCAAAGCUCAUGCCCCCCGCCCCUCAUUGAACAGCUGUAUUAAAAAAGUGCCUUUGCUCCCUACUCUGCUUACCGAUACUCCUCCACUUUCCGCCUUAUCUGAACCCCCCCCAAAAUCUUUCCUACCCUCCGACUCGUCCGCCUCCCUACCCAGGCCCUUUCCCCAAAGCUCCUUCCGCCUCACUGUCCGCACCCUCUCCUCCCCCUUCUCUACCCAACCUCCCUCCGGCAACACCUUCUCCCCUACCUGCUGACCUUCCCCCUCCUCCGCCCCACUCCCAGGACACUGCUGUGGCCACUGUUGCAGGAGCCGGGAGCUCAAGUCGCCAGGCGACUCCCCCUCCCCCACCCCUCCCUGCUUCCCCAGUCAGCAAACACACACGUUUGCAGGCCCCUCCUCUCUUCU